AUGUCUACUCCCCCCGGGCUUGUAAGAAUUCACAAUGUCCAGCAUGGCGGCAGCCUCAUGAAGUUUAACGACGGGGUCGCUCUUUCGUCUCCCAAAGUGAACAUAGACAAUAAUUGGCACUUCACCCCCACUGGUGGCCCUCCGAACGCUUACAUCAUUGAAUUCAUCGACACCAACGGCGUUGCCCCCGGGCAUCUCGUUAUAACCGUCGAGCCUGACAGAGGGCAAGAUAAAAUGAUGGACAUCGUGCUUCGGCAACUGAGAGGUUCGGAUACUCAGGCUUGGACGGUUCGAGGUGGUCCGGAAGGCUCGUACCAGAUUUGCAGCAUGGCCAUUCCAUUUAUGUGUAUGAGGCCUGACUUCAAUGCCCCAGUGCAGUCGAAUAAGCCCGGCGUGCCGGUGUCGGCAAUGCGUGCUGAGGGCGGAGGGCCCGAAAUGUGGUGGAGGAUGGAAUAUGUCGACGCGAGUGGUUAG